AGAAAGUUCAUAGGCUAAUUUUUCCUUCUAUUUUCCACAGAACAAUAGAAUUUUUAGGUUACAGAUGGACCAGAAAAUGACUGCAGACCCAAUUCGUUCGGAAAUUGCAACCCUUUUAGCCUCAAUUGCGGCAGCAAAAAAGCGGAUUAAAUUUGGGCAUUGCGGCUCCAAUACGGCUGAACUUCCAUGGAUACUAUUGGAGAAACUCCCCGGUUUGAUCAUGGUUAUUAUAUGGGUUCAUUUAUUGCUGCAUCCAAUUUACCGGCACAGGCCUGGAAGGCCUGUCUUGCUACAAACCUUGGUGAUAACCCUUAUCUCAUCACUGAGGAUGAGGAGGAAGGGAUAUUGUUUAUUGCCUUCAAGGGGCCUUUGGAUGGCUCUGCUGUCUUUGAAGUAGGUGGUCAUUUUGGAGAAUUUGAGAUUAAAUCAGAGAAUGGUGGCCUCUUUGGGCUCGUGGAGGAUGGAGCCCUUGUUCACGAAGGGCUUUUCAACAGCUUCCUGCAUAUGUGGGAGAAUUCAGGGGUUGAAACCCAGGUUCUAAAAGCAGCGGAGCAAAAAGAGACAAUUGUUUUUACUGGCCACUCUCUGGCAGGGGCCAUUGCCAGCUUGGCUACACUUUCUGUUUUGGAGAAACAUGGGAGAAAGUUCUCCAUUUUCUGUGUGACUUUUGGGUCCCCUUUGAUUGGAGAUAACAAAUUUGGUCAGGCAAUUCGUAAAAGGGGAUGGGACUCAAAAUUUUGCCACGUAGUUUUGGUUCAUGACAUAGUUCCUCGGCUUCUUCUUACACCGAGGGAACUGAUUCAUGAGCCUAUGGAAGCUCUGCUGCCUUACUGGUCAACAACAAUGAAAGAGGGCAGUAAUGAGGAGAACCAAAGUGUCAUGGCUGGAAUAACCCUUUCAAAUCAACAAAUAGAAAACUUUUAUUAUGUUGUCCUGCAGCAUGUCUCUGCGUUAGUUACAUACAGCAAUCCAGCUGGCUCCAUAUCUUCUACAAACAUGACCAGAAGAAAUAUAAAGUCUUUGUUCAACCUAAGUCCAUUUAGGCCAUUUGGGUACUUCCUGUUUUGCUCAAGAAAUGGAGCAGUUUGUAUAGAAAAUCAUGAGGUUGUUUUGCAAUUGCUCCAUUGUGUCCUGGAAAACUCGGAUGUAUCACUGGAUUGGGCAUGUAAGAAUUGCAUUUCGGAACACACAGAAUAUGGCAGCUGUUUUUCAAGAAUAGUGAACAAUAGAAUGAGAUCUGGAAUAACAGAUGUACGUGUACAUCAUGAAUUACCAGCAGCAACUUCUAGUUCUGCCAUCUGCAUAGCACUCCAACUUGAAGCUUUGGGUCUUGGAGUUCAGAAUGUUAGAGCACAACUGGCCCUGCAUGAGGUAGGGGAAGAUAGCAUGCGGUUAAGCAUUAACAGCAAUAAACAAAUUGUGGAACUAAGCAAGGCACAGAAAGCAAUGGCAGAAUUAGAAUGGUACAAAAGGCGUUGCACUGAUGAUGGCAUCGGUUACUACGAUGCUUUUAAACAACAAAAAGACAGAAAGGACUUCAGGGCCAACAUAAACAGAGGUAAGCUUGCUACCUUCUGGGAUGAAUUCAUACAGAUGGUGGAAAACAACGAGUUACCUCCUGACUUCCAAUGCAGAAGUAAGUGGAUAUACUCAGCAACUGCUUACAGACAACUGGUUGAGCCACUAGAUAUUGCUUAUCAUUACAGGCAUGAUAGGCACGAGGUCUCUGGACAUUAUCUCUCUGCAGGAAGGCCUCGUCGCUACAAAAUUCUUCAAAAAUGGUUUGAAGACAAAAUGCAAAGUGAAAAGCAAGAGAUUAAACCUCGCACUCGGCCAGCCAGCUUGACACAGGAUUCUUGCUUUUGGGCGUAUUUUGAAGAGGUGAAUCACUCACUCGAGAAUUAUACAACAGAAUCAAUGGCAAAACUGAAAGAGUUUGAGAAUCGGGUGAAUAGUAUGAUUGAUGCUCAAGAACUCUCUUCGGAGAUUUUCUUGGAAAACAGCAGCUUUAUGCUGUGGUGGAAGAACAAGUUGCCAGAAGAAUACAAGUUGACCUCUCCUCUCUUUCCUCUCAUGGAAGGAGGAUGGAUACAAUAUGCUUUGCAGUAGCUUAAAUCAUGUCUAUUUGAAAGCGUUCCAUCCUAACUGUAUAGCAUAUAUUUGUGUGCUAGUGUGAGGGAAUUGCACUAUAUAUCUAGUUUUUAUAUUAAACCAUACCUCAGUGAAAUGAAGCAUGUAUAUUAUAAUAGCCUUGAACUCAGAGGGAGAUGACAUUGGACAUAUCUUAACAUAAAGAAGACUUGUGUAGCUAGAGUAUAAUUUGUCUUGUAUGUAAAGAAUAUUUUUGUAAUCAUAGUACUAUUUGUGUCU